AUGACGCAUGGAGGACAAAAGGUCCAAGCCACACAUACUGGCCAAGUGCGUCAGGAUGUCAGCACAUGCGUGUCUCCCCAGACGAAGGAACGGCUGAUCGCCAUCUGCCCAUCCUCGAGGCAGGCUGCGGUGAACCAACUUCUACAGGAUGCGCCGGAAAAAAUCACCUGCAAGGAGUUUGUUCAGUGCAUAGAUGGGGUAUACAAUGAGAUAUCGCAAGUUACAAAUGCCGGCGCGGAGGCUUCGGCCUCCGAGGCGGAUAUCGCAGACACCGUGUUAUCGGCUCUCGCGCCUACGGGGAGUGAAAUCAGUGAGUUGGCAACCCUCAUUUACAUCGCAGUAUACACUUCCCGUGAGGCUUUGCGCACGUGUGCCGAACAGAAGCUGUUCCACUGCGUAUUCGAUCUCGAUGCGGAUCUGAAGCAGCUGCCGAAGGUGGGAUGCGCACGGCUGUUCGUCAUGCUGCUAAUGAGGACGAAAAACCUACUGGUCAGUACCAACGUGAGGGACAUUGAGUCGCGCAUCAACGACGCUGCGGCCGUGGCCAUAGAGCUGCUGGCGCGCGAUGAGGAGACGCCUCCUUUUGGGAAGAAGGACAAAAGUGACAUCUUCAGCAACAUCACGAAUCUGAAACUGGAGACUCGGAGUAUGAAGAAGUUGCUCAAUAAGGCACAAUGGGAGGUCCUUUGCACAGAGCUUCGCUUCUAUGCGCCGCAACCCCCUCCCAAGCAGCUCCCCAAAUUUGUGAGCAGCCUCAGACGCGCGUGUGAAUACGUCGCGUUCAAUACUGACAUGGAUGAGCAGGCAGAUUACGUGCAUCUGAUAACUCGAAACUAUCUAAACACGAAGUUCCAGGUGGAUCUGCUGCUCCACUUCAUCGAGAACCUCACAUCGCAACACCACGUGAAUACGACGCACCGUAAUCACCGAGAGCACUUCGAAAAGGUUUUUCCGAGUGACAGGAGUGAUAGUAAGGCGCUGGUCGAUUCCGUGGCCUGGAUUAUCGACACCGACGUGUUGUGCCGGUUGCUCGCGCUGCUGUACAACAAGCUGCACAUUGCACAGUUUAAGGGGCUGAUUCAACAGCUGUUGAAGGACGCGAGUCAGUCUGAAAAUGGUCACAUCUUCCCGAAGGCCAUAAUGUACGCGCUCACCACUUUGUGGAUAAGAGAUCACGACCUGGGCGAUCGAGAAGAUGUCGUAGAGGUCAGACUUGCCACGCUCAACCCUCUUUUCUGGUAUUGCUAUGAACUGUGUCUGCAGCAGUUCAUUUCCAGUGAGGAACUCAUAAAGGAAAUACGGCAACUUGGAGGAGAAUCCAUACACGGGAAGAAGUCUGCUAAACUCUUCGAGUUCAUACGCGAAUUGGCUCAAUCACUUCGGGGCGAGUACGUCAUACUGGCCAUCAUGGAAGUGAUGCGGUAUGUGAAGUAUAACGUGCAUGUGCUGGCGUUCAUGAUGAACCUCUUCCAUGCGAUACUGCUCGAUGUGUUCAAACGCACACAAGUCAACUUCAGCAAGGGUGUUCUGGAAAUCGUCUGCUUUUGCCGGCAAACCUUCGAUUGGGGGUUCAUGACGAUGCUAAUUUAUAGUGUGGAUGCUAUAAUGAGCUCAGAGUUGGGGUCUACAAACGAAUACACCAGCCGAAAAGAUGUGGCAAAGGAUAUCCUGGCGGGAGGGUUUAUUGAUUACCUGCGCUGGAAGAUACAGCAGAUGCGAGAAUUCUCGCCUCAUGGUGACGUUGCGCAAAAAAUAUUUAUACCGAGCUGCAACGUUGUUGCCGAACUGUUCUGCAUACUGAACCACACGAUAGGAACUUGCGACGAACUCCUGGACCUGUUCCAGACAUACGACAUGGAGUACAAUGCGCUGAGCCAUUACAAUGUGCUGUUGAUGCCGCUCUAUAAAGCGCUGGAAGUUCGGGCGAAUUCCGAAGUCUGUGAUACAGAGGACACGGUCAAUGCAGCGCCGGCACACUCGCCAGUCGCACAAUCGGUCGACGGCAAGGAGACGACGGGAGACGCUAAAAGUCUAGAGGGGGACGUAUACAAGUACCUGAUGCUCAACGAGGAUAUGGAUGUUACUACUUCGCAUGUUGUUGACAUAAUUAUGGCAUGCAAGCGGCAUCAAAACGUCCUUAAUGCAGUGUCUUUACUCAAUGCCGACUCCGAGUCGCUCCGAUCGCAAACCAUACUUGAUGUGCUGCUGAGGAAAUAUAUCAACAGGCUUGUGGCGGUGCUCAACCUCUCGGUUCCUGCCGAUUUCUGCCUUCAUGCUGCGCCGGCGUCCGACGAGGAGGGCUUGGGACUAGCGCCCCGGCUCGCCAUGCUGGCGAAAUUCACCGGCGAACUCUUCAAAACGCAUCUUGGCCCAACGCAAUGCGACUCCGUGUACAUUAUGUUUCGCAUUAUAAUGGAAGCUUUCAGACGCAACAAGGGGUUCUUACUGGAGUUUGCCGUCGAGGCCUUCUGCUCAAUGGGAAACGUCCUCUGCUACCCAGCAUUCGCCAGGCUUAUAAUUAGCGAAGAGAAGUUUUGCAAGCUGUAUCCGCAAUUUGUUUCACAAGUGAGGAAUGCGCUCAACGAUGUAGAGUCAGAGAUCUUCGAGAUCAACCCGGACAGAAUUGGUUCCAUGGUUCUCGAGGAAACGCGUUGCUUAAAGAACAUCGUAGAUACAAAGGGGCGCGGAAAUACGGGUCUGAUGAUUGUCAAGCAAUCCUCGGUCUCAGGGCACGAACUGGAAAUGGAUUCCGACAGCGGCAACAUUGCGCCAAGCAGCGCGAGCAUGGUCUUCUCCAUCGUCAACCUCGCGGCAAAUGUGCAGUACAAACCGGUUGUCAUGGACACCACGUGGUACCAAGAUCAAAUUUCGUUGAACACCAACAACAUAUCACUGGAUGACCUGUUGGCGUUACUCAACAUCGACUUCCAAGCGCCCACAAAUGCGCUUGAAAUCAUGUCCAUCAUGGAAAUAUCCUUGAGCAACAAAAACUUCAUUACGCACGUAGAGCAGCUCGUCACCAAGGGAUACGUCGACUGGCUGCUAUUCGUCAUAUACAGGUACGUGCUCAUGCGGGGCUAUACCCACUUCCGCGAUUGCAUCGUAUUUAUGGCCACGUUGGGCGGAACGCGUAUGGUGGACGCGAUGGUGCGAUUCACGGCGCACUGCGUCAACAUAUUUCUCAAGUACCUUCGGUCGUUCAGAGCAAACACCGUAUAUCGCAAACUGUUGAGCGUCAGCUGCGGGUGGUUGGGGGCGAUUACUCUGGGACGUAACAAACCGCUACUUACCAAACAUCUGGACCUCAAGUGCCUCAUCAUUUACGCCUACCAGAACGGUCUGCUGGCUGUGGUACUGCCGGCGGUAUGCAAGCUCCUGCUGAACAUUAAGUCGUCGAAGAUAUUUAAACUUCCAAACCCGUGGACGAGCUCACUGCUCAAUUUGCUGGCAGAUAUUAACAUGUCUAGUGGACUAAAAUCCACACUCCAGUUCGACUUAUCGCUGCUCUUCAAGAACCUCGACUUCGUGCCCGGACCGAGGUCCGUGCACAGUGUAGUUAAGGAAGUGCCCAUCUCCGAUUUGGAUCGCAGCCCGAAGCUAGGAAGCAGCAUAUGGUCUACAAUCGCUUCGAACGCAGUGGGGUUGAGCAUGCUGAAAUCGCAGCUAGAUUUUCAGGUGCCGCCUGUCACACAAGAGGUCAGAACGCUGCUCCAGAGGAAAAUAGUGCUCAACCCCAAGGUGUCAUGUUUGAACGCGAAAUGGCCAUGGGUGGAAAUGAUACUAAGCUCCAUCGAGUCCUGCUAUUUGGAAUCAUCUGAACUCAUUAAACGAACGAUGAUGACGUGCAUAUCCACUACGAGGAGCAUAUUCAUUACCGAUUUUGCCACCAGGAAGCGUGAACUCAUGGAAAUCAACCCAGAAAUAUUGAAAAUGAGCACGACGGCAAUGGCCACAGGACUGACCACGAGCUUGAUUAUGGCAAACGGCAGAGAACAGCUGUCCAACCUGAUGAGCCUCAGGCUGCAUAUGCAGAUACUAUCGGUCCUAUCCAUGGAACCCCCAACUGGGGACAACACGCUCACAAACAGUCUCGAACAAGUGAGUGGGUGCCUUGCCAAGGAUAACCUAGGGCUCGUUUGUGCACUGGUUGAACAGGCCACGCUUGAGCUCAUAACGGGCUUCAUUUCGGCUUCUAUCGGCGAGUGGAUUGCUGCUAUCGGGAAGGAGAGCAUGCAUAUGCCUCAUGAUCAAAUGAUCGGUCCACCGGCUAGUAGCGGUUUGGAGGCUUACAAGAGAUUUGGGAGUUUGGUGCCCUUCACGAUGACACGCUUGCAAAAAGAAAAGCAGCAUGGGUCGCCGCAGCAGGGGCCAUAUGGGGGCCCAAUGAGCAGCCAAGUUCCGAAUCUCAACCUUGGCCCUUGCAGCCCCCCGAGCACAGAUCUUACGAGUUCCUUGUACGGGUUGACCCCUAGGGGGUUGAUUCCUGGGUACAGACUACCGGAUUUUAUGAUUAUACCGCCUAUAGAUAACCUGCCGACGUCGCUUAUAUCGUGUAAAGUCGAUGAAUUCGAACACCGGAUUAAGGAAGCUGCGAAGCAUAUCUUGAUGCACCCUCCUACAAUACCGCUGCUUAAUAGCAAAUACAUGUACACAACGGACUCUUCAACGUUGUUGCUGCUGUCGUGUCUCCCGCGAAACCACACGGUGUUCACGUUGCUCUGGUCGAUGGAUUACAUGUUCCAGCACGCGGCAAACCAGGCCGAAUGUGUGGAAGCGCUCAUCAAAAAGGUGUUGAAAACGUCCAAGGAAAACACGAAGGGGCUCGAUGUUGUCUCUAUUAUGCAGGAGGUCGAGUACUCGCUGCUAGAGAUGCUUAGUGUUGGGUGCCCACUGCUGAUAGAAAUAGUCACCAACCUAAUUCCAACACUGGGGCCUUCCAGGUUGUGCCAGUUUGUCAGGCACAGGAUACUCAAGAUUCCAACUGUUGAUAGGUUCAUCAGCACUGGCAUGGAUACUGAAACCCUAUGCCGAACGCUGCAUAAGCUCAUACUGGACGGUCAGUGGCUAGCAGCUGGUGACCUUCCGAUGAGCAUGAACAAACUGGCAUCUCUCGAUCCCACAGGUGUGGUAACUAUCCACUUGUCAGCAGGCCCCGUUACGAUGGAAUACGGUGAAUUGCAUCGCAGAUUGGUGUCGCAUUCUGCGCUCACAACCUUUAGCCCGGAGUUGGAUAAUAGGGGCUUUAUGGCGCAUUACGCAACCGGGAAGGAACGAAUGAUGGGACCAGGCAUGAUGUCUGUUACCGGGGUUUCCGGAUUAACAUUGCAGCCUGGCAUUCACACCGGGACGAGUAUGUCUGCAGGGCUUCGAUCUGGUAAUCAGGAAUUGCGUUUGCGCUCACUACGGCAGCUGGUUCUCGAUAAGUCGAUCAUCAGAAACAAGAUGGUCAUUAAACUGUGUGAAAUCCCGGGGAAGGAAAGGUACCUUCAGGUGUUCAAGGAAUACUUGAUCAUGGAAAGCGACCCAGCGCCAUUCUUUCAGAAUUUCAACGAGCACCCUCCCGACGCCUUCCUUACCUGCACUCUCCUGUGCGCUCUGCAAAUGACGUUCGAACCCCAAGGCACAGAAAUGAAGAGCGACCGGCUCCCGCAAAACUGCCACGACUCGCCCGUAUGGACCUUCUGUGACGGGUGGUCCACCAUGGUGGCUGGACUAUCGCGUAAUGAGAGUUUCAUGCUGCACAAAGCGCUGCACCUUAUGCUGGGGAUGAUGCAACACGGGGUGGCCCUAAUAUGUUUCGAAAGGAUGUUGAUUGGGUUGAUCAAUGAGCUGGAGAACGAUCUGGUACCGCUUAUAUCAAUCGGGCACUUCCUCACCCUCUGCGGGCCGUCAGAAGUACCUGAAUUUGGCUCGUACUGGAUCAACAUCAUCACCCGUAAACAGUUCGUGCAGCAGAUCAUACAGAACCCGAACGAAUGGCCCCUGUAUCACCACCUGCUUGUAGAGGCGCUAACAUCGCCGCACUCCAAGACGCCGUGUAUCAGCUUCAUACUGGUCACGCUCAUGCAGAAGGUGCCCGAAUUCCUAUGCGGGUAUUAUCUGAGCUUGUGCGACGUGGUGCCUCCACGGGCGAUGCAGCUGCGAAACCUCCUCACGUCCGCCGUGCCCCGGAGUCUGAAACUACCCAACCCCAUCAGUAUGGACGACCAUAUGGACAUACCGUCGCUCAACUUCACGAACCACAUCAUCACUGUUGUGAAAGCGGGUGGCCUAAAAGUUGCAACGGACAUGUUCGUCCAUGAACCUAGCGAGGCGUUGUUGCCGAUGGUGAUGAAGGAGCUCAAAUUAACGGACCCCAACACGUUUGACGUCAUGCUGGCGAAUCACUACGUGCUGUAUCUCAUCAGCACGCUGCCGAUGAUGCUAAAGAAGAUACCCACGACGAGUCAUCGAUCCCAGAACAGCCUUCUCCUGCUCGAAAAGUUGAUGAUGAACUGCAUUCCGCAGGCAAGGCAUAUGCUGCUCAGUUGCAUGACAAACCAUCUGCGCUACCCGAACGUAUCUACGUUCGCCUUUGUCGCAUUCAUGCUCAGGUUAUUCAAAAACGGCGACCAGCCGAUGCAGGAGCAGAUCACCCUCGCGAUCCUUGAGCGACUGCUCAUCAGCCGACCGCACCCUUGGGGAGUGUUACAUCUGCUCUUCCAGCUGGUCAAGGACCCGAAAUACGACUUCUGGAAUCGCAUACAGGCGGCCCCCGAGGUGGAAAAGCACAUUCGCAGAAUCAUACAGAGCUGCCUGAACACGAAGCAUGGGCCGCACAAGCAUAGCAGCUUGAGCGAACUCGUCAAUUAG